AUGAGAAAGAAUAGAGGUGGAGAAGUAGGUAAAAAUGUCAAUGAGUCGUAUAAGAAAGGUUUGUGGACAGUUGAAGAAGACAAGAUCCUCAUGGAUUAUGUCAAAGCUCAUGGCAAAGGCCACUGGAAUCGCAUUGCCAAAAAGACUGGUUUGAAGAGAUGUGGAAAGAGCUGCCGAUUGAGAUGGAUGAAUUAUCUUAGCCCAAACGUGAAAAGAGGCCAUUUCACUGAACAAGAAGAGGAUCUUAUCAUUCGACUCCACAAGUUGCUUGGCAAUAGGUGGUCUUUGAUAGCUAAAAGAGUUCCAGGUCGAACGGACAAUCAAGUGAAGAACUACUGGAAUACACAUCUAAGUAAAAAAACUGAAAUCAAAGAUCAAGCAAUCAAACCCAUCAACAAGGACAAUCAGAUGAUUAAUAUGGGAAGUAUGACAGAUGCAUCCGAAGAAAGAUUUUUGGAUGUGAAAGUUGAUAAGAAAAAUAUUAUCGGUGAUGAUAUAUUACUUAUGAGCGAAGGUUUUAAUCUUCUCCAUCAAGGUAAUAACUAUACGAGUUCGUCGCUUUGGGGUCAUCAUGAGGAGGCUUUUGAGCUUAGCACACUCACCUACAUGAUGGAGUUCAUAGAUGGGCAUUGUAAUUAA